CUAGGUGUAAACACUUUCCUAUUGAAGAAACUGGAGCUCAUUUUCUUUCCCUUGGAGAAAUAUUGCCCUUAUGGAUCUUGUUAAUCUUUACUACAGAAAAUAAAACUAGUUUAUCUUGUUUGAUGUAGGUUUUUGAAGAAUUUCAAUUAGAUAAACAAUGGAUUAUGCCAGCUCUAGAUCAAAGAAGUCAAGACCAAGAAUGCCAACUCAGCCAGAAAACCUCCCACGGAUUAGAGUUCUCAGCCUGGGAAAUGAGGGUGUGGGCAAGAGCUGCUUGAUCAAGCGGUACUGCGAGCAGCGGUUUGUUGCCCGCUACAUCCCCACCAUUGGCAUAGACUAUGGCUCCACUAGAGUUGAGGUUGAUGACCAGGUAGUGUCAGUACACUUCUUUGAUACCUCUGGCAGCCCCCUCUUUGAAGAGGUGAGAUCAGAGUUCUAUGCAGACAUGCAGGGCGUGUUGCUGGUCUAUGACGUCACUGACCAAGCCUCCUUCCUGGCCCUGGACAGCUGGAUGGCUGAGCUACACCACAACCUUGGCCAGAGUGGAGUGUCCACGCUAGAGGUGGUGGUUGUUGGCAACCGCAGUGACACUGGAGGCCGACCUGCUGGCCGACAGUCACUGUUCUCGGCUGCUCUACACGGCAAGGAGAACAUUCGAAAAUCUCCUACACCUUCCAAUCAGCAGAACACCGGCACCAAAAAUGGCUUUAACAGCACCAAAAACGGCAGUAACCGCACCAAAAAUUGCAGUAACUGUACUAAAAAUGGCAGUAACGGCACCAAAAACGGUUGUACUGCCUCUGGUGGUGGUGCUGAUGCUGGCGGCAUACCUCCUACACCCAAUAAAAGAACCACCACGGCUGGCAGUGAGACUGAAGCAGAGGCUGCCAUCGGUCGCUUGUUGAGCUCUUCCGACCACUUCCACAAACUCCAACUUAACCGCAGAGGAACCACCAAGGAGGACGUGAACAAGAGCUACCGCCGCCUCGCCGCCCUCGUGCACCCCGACAAGUGCGCCGCCCCAGGCGCCGAGGAGGCCUUCAAGCGCCUUGCCCAGGCGCGCGCCGCAGCGCUGUCCUACCUUACUGAGACCACAGUGUAGCGCCUCACAGGCGACAGUGUAGUGCCUCACAGGCGACAGUGUAGUGCCUUACAGACGACAGUGUAGCGCCUUACAGGCGACAGUGUAGUGCCUCACAGGCGACAGUGUAGCGCCCCACAGGCGACAGUGUAGUGCCUUACAGGCGACAGUGUAGCGCCUCACAGGCG